AUGGGAACAAGAACGUUCAGCUACGCCGCGCCAAUCACAGCGCUCCUAGGCUUUUUCAUGGCCCGUGCUACCCAUCCAACAUCGUUCCGAUGGCAUGUUAGCACCUUAAGCGCGCUCGGAGACGUGGUUUACCUUGCCUGUGCCUCUGUUAUGCCGAGUCAGGCUGCCAUGAGAUGUAUUGGAGCUGCUCUGGAGAUUGACACUAACGCUGCCAUCCACGCGUAUGGCCGAACCGGCUCAUCCGAUACCCUGAUUCCAACCAGAAACAUAGUAGAUGCGGUGUACUUUGUCUAUGCCAUCCAGGAAGGCGUCAUCAAUAAUUUUAUCAACACCUUCGCCUUGAUUUACGGCUGGUACCAUGUACACGCUAUUGAUCAGCCGAUGGACCUGACCGUUGGAAGAGCUCAUUCCCGUACACCCGAAUUUUACGCUAUAGAGUGUGGCGCUGAUUACCCUGACGAGGAAUACCCGUAG